UUUGAAACGGAUAAGGACAAACAUACUUUGACGAAUAGCCAGUUUAUGGUUCCUUUACGCAGGCAACUUUAGAUACGCGAAACAACAACAGCAGGCAAAAAGGGAUUAAAACUAGAAAGUCAGCUACAAUAAACUAUCUGCUGAGCAAACUGAUGUUCCUAAACCCUCACAAAUUUGAAAUUUUUUUAUUCGUCAUUAAAACCACAUAACUUGUAUAUCAUGCUAUCUAUAGAGUUUUAUCAGACGUCAAUCCACUUAACCUAAAAUAUUUGAAAAACACAAUUUCCCGGUCAGAAAAAGUUGUUUACAAGUGAAUUGGUUCUAAUAAAUUCCCACAUUCAACUUACGAAUCAGUUUAGGAAAAUGGAUAGCGGUGAAAAUUCCGAAAUAUCCAACAACGAGGUAACUUUGCCCUUAUCUCCAGUGUUAUGUUCAGGACAGUCGAAAAAGCUGCUUAAAAACCGAAUACGAAACAGAAGAGUUCUUCGGAAGUGCAAAAGUGCCCUUAGCUAUAACAUAGAGUAUCAAAAUGGCUCAAAAAGCGAGUGUAAUGUGUCUGCUGCAGAACCAAAUCCACACUUUCAAAAUACCACGGAUCAAGAGACUGUUGCAGACAGAAUCAAAAGAUUGGAAGCCCUAGAAAAGAAACGGCUUCAAAUUAUCAACACCAUAAGCUUCAGCUCGAUAAUUCCUAACGAUCUACAAUCAAACCAAACAACUGACAAAACUCUUGCCAGAACAGACCAAAUAUUGCCAUUAGAAGAGUGCACUGGCUCCACAUUAGUGGAGAAUACAGAAAUCCAAAGAAAUGCAGUUAACAUUCCAGAAUUUGGAAAUUUUCAAACAGGAUCAGGGAAACAGAUCGCUGUUUCAAAGCCGCAGAUUGAAAUUUCCAAGAAACUCUUUGAUGACAUUUUUCUCUCAGGAGUUUCAAGAGACAAUAAGUACAAUUAUUUGCACUGCAACUCUACCCAAACUAGUGCCUAUAAUAACAAGUUUUGCAACAUUUCAGCGAGAGAGCCUGUUGCUCAAUCUAGAUUGGAUAGUUUAGAUCCGACAAAUAAGGAUAUUAUCGGCAACAAUCAAAGCCCAAAAACUAAAAUUCCUUCAACAGAUUCAAAAUCAAAAGACGUAUGUGAAGAAGACAUUUUUGAAGACUUAAGCCUUGAAAAUGAUGCAUUUCAAGCAGCCUCCUUACAACUAGAAGCGUUGUUCAGCUCUGAAAGGCGUGAGUGCUCUAUGCCAGUUUUGAAGAAACAAAUUAACCACAGCAAGGAAAAUAUACUUCAAGGAACAAAAAAAAUAUUUGAAGGCGAAAACUUUGACGACUUAAUCCCUGGUUGUCAUAAAGGAUUCCAAGCAGCCUCCUUGCUUUUAAAUACAAGCUGUAAAGACGGAUUGUUGAACUUAGAAAAGCGUGACGACUAUAUGCCAACUUUAGAGAGGCAAAUUGAAAACGCCGCAGAAAAGACACGAAAAAAUAUAUUUGACACGGAAAACUUGGACGACUUAAAUAUUGGAUCCAAUAAAGGAUUUCAAUCAGCUUCCGUGCAUUUAAACACAAGCUGUAAUCAGCCCAACCAGAAAUUGCUCAACUUCGAAAAACGCGAUGAAUCUAUGCCAGUUUUAAAGAAGCAAAUUGAAAACCCCAUAGAAAAGACACCCGAUCGAAGAAAAAAUAUAUUUGAAGGAGAAAACUUUGACGACUUAAAACCUGCUUGCAGUGGAUUUCAAGCAACAUCAUUGCAUUUCAAACAGCCUCUUCGCCCUUCUGAAGUCUCCUCUGGAAAUGUAACUUAUUCAAACAAACCAAAAAUUUUCGAAACUUCUAAUAUGCAAUUGAGCGCAACAAAAUCACCACAACCCAAUCACAAUUCAAAAUGUUCUGAAAAUACAGUCCGAAGCAACAGUUCAAUCAUAUCAGAUAACCAUUCCUUAAAUAAACCAGCAAGUCUAGGAACAAAACAGAGCAAAGGUUCCGUAAAACAGCGAAAUAUAUUUGCAGAUGAAAACUUUGAUGAUCUUAAUUUAGGAGGAAUUGUAUUUCAAACUGCAAACACAUUGCAGAAACAACAAGCUAAUAUUUAUCAAAGGGCUGACAAAUCCAUUGCAGCGCAAGUUAAGAAAACCUUUAAGGAUAUAUUUGAGGGAGAAUCUUUUGACUCUGGUGCGAGUUUCACAACUAAAAUCUUUAAACCGCCCACCAGAAACUUUAAGUAUUCGGGAGACUUUCGAAGCCCAUUGAAAACAAUACUUGAAGACAGAUCUGAGUGUGAAGCGACAAAUGAUCUCAAGGGAUUUCCACUGGUGGAGCAACAACAAACUUUAAAUAUCUCAGAUAAAUAUAGCGAGAUGCUGGAAAAAAUUCAUGCACAUUUCCAAUGCAAGAAAAGCGGCGCGGUUAAGCCGCUGUUAAGCAUACAAAGCAUCGGAAAGUUGGCGGAGACUAUAAACAGUAACAAAGAAAAACUUAACUGGAAGGCCAAAACCAUUAUUAGCAGAAAGCGAAAGAUAUGUGAAGUAGAUUCGGAUUGUAACAUUUCAGAUUUAAACUGUAGCUCUACCACGUCAAGCGGGUCUAAAAGACCCAAAAAAAGAUUGGGUUGUUUUGCUUCCCCAACCAUUCAAGUCCAACCAAGUGGAAUUAAAAUGGCAAACCAUUUAUUUCAAGACUUGGAACCGAAAACGUUUUCAACCUCGACACCUGUGAAAUUCGAAAAUCUUUUAAAACCGCAGAAUUGUAAUUCGACGCCUAUACCAAGUGCUAGAAAAAAAUUAGACAGCAUGUUCUCUCCAAGUGCAUAUAACACCAGCUUGGACUUGUCUAAAACUAUUCACAAAAGCCUUAAUUCAACAGUAAUGACUGUCCAUAGUAAUACGUUUAGCUUGAGUAAGCCUGCGGAAGCCGACGCAAGAGUAUGGUUGGGGAAUUUGGACAAAGAAAGGUUGCUUUUGCAGGAACAAUUGAGGAUCGUCAAUGAAAAACAGGCUAUUUUAGCUCAGCAGGCAACUAUAUUGGAUUUGCCUAUGAAGGAAAAGAUCAAACCCAAACCAGGGUUAUUAUAUGAAUCAAAAAGAAAAACCAACAGAGUCAGGCUUCAAGAGUAUGUCCAGUAUUCCGAGCCGGGUGCUCAAGCUGGUGCGGAUGGAUUUUUAGAUCAAAUUAAUCCACAAAACUCACAUUUGAUGCACUUUAUCAGUGGCCAACGAAUAUCACAUGUCACAACUGAAGAUGGUGCUGUGAUAAUACCAAAUGUAGACUCUAAGAUAGGCAUAUCAGAAAUAGAACAUAGCUUUAAGUUGCUGGAAGGAGUGGACAGAACGUUGAUACCGUCAAAUUGGAUUAGGAACCACUACAAGUGGAUUAUCUGGAAACUUGCCAGUUACGAAAGAAUGUUCCCGCAUAUCUUUGAUGGGUGUUUAUCGGUGGAGAACGUUAUGCAACAGUUGAAAUAUAGGUACGACGUGGAAAUCGACAGAGCUCAGAGAUCCGCCCUAAGAAAAAUCUUUGAAGCAGACGAUUGCCCUCAGAAGCGAAUGGUACUUUGCGUCUCCAAAGUAAUUAAGAUUAAUGAUACGUAUGAGCUGGAACUAACCGACGGUUGGUACCCAAUCAGAACGGUCAUAGACCUCCCCCUCUGUGAUCAAAUAACUAGAGGAAAAAUAAAAAUUGGCACUAAAAUGAUCGUCUGCGGGGCAGAACUGAUGAACUGCGAAGGGUGUCAUCCAUUAGAAGCAACCGAUUUGAUUCAUCUGAAAAUCAGUUUCAACUCGACAAGAAGAGCGUUGUGGUGGUGCAAACUGGGCUAUCAAAAGCAAGCAGGACCUUUUGUAAUACCCUUGUCGAGCAUUAACAUGAACGGAGGGAAAAUUGGGUGUUUGAAGUGCUUCAUUCUCAGAGUGUACCCGGUAAAAUUUUUGGAAACGUGCGGAAGCAAAAAGGUGUGGCGAAACCAAAAAGCAGACGAACGAUCAGAACAAAACUUCUACAGUGAAAAGUUCAGGCGAGUGGAUUCUUUGCACAACAAAUCGGCCGAUAAUGGUGUAAAAUCAAUGAGCUACAAAGAUGUUAAGAAUAUUGAAGAUCCUCAAAUUCUAUAUGAUAUCUUGCAACGAAGUAAAGAUCCUGAAAAUUUGCAGGAAAUGCUCACAUCAACACAAAACACUAUUCUCUAUAAUUACUCUCUGGAUAAAUCCACUAGUACGCAUACAACUGAAUGGAAUGACGAUAAAACAUCUCAAAGAGCAGUAAAGGCGUUGUUAAAGAUAAAAAUUGUCGAUGCUUGUUACAACUCAGACAAGAUUCAUGAUUUACAAGUGUGGAAACCCACAGAAAAUCAUUUACAUGAACUGAGAGAGGGAGAAAUUGUAACCUUAUUCAAUACAUCCUGCAGUUCAGUCUGGGGUUUAAACGCCAGUCAAAAUACCCAAUUCAAAAUAGAAGGCCGGUCAAGCGACCGAAAAUUUGAGAAGUUCAAGCGUAAAGUCACACAUAUAAAAGAUAUGGAGACUUUCUUCGACAACAGUCUAUUUAACGAAUUUGAUACCGUGGGGAUUGUUGUGAAAAAAAUAAUAAAUGAGGCUGAUCAGCAAGUUUGGAUGGCCGAUAGGGAACAAAGACUUUUGCUCAUUAAUAUCUGCGAUUCUCCGAAGAACAUUCUGGUAUUGGAUAUGAUCAAUGAAGGGCAAAUUGUGUCAGUGUGUAAUUUGAUUUUUCAACACCACCUUGAUACACAUUCCUUCGCCGUAGGGAAUCAUUAUGUAAUUUUUGCGCGAUAUUCUAAACACAAGCACUUGCAAGAAGCGCUUGACGGCUUAGAAAAGGAUUUUAAAGAUAUCGACCGACAUGAUUUUAUACUGAGAUGUACAAGCAAAAUAAAGCAUAUUGGACUUGAAAAGGUCGGUAGAAAUCCCAUGGAUUUGGACGACAUGGAAUGUUCGCAGAUAACAACUACUGAUAUUGCACUUUUAGAAUGUUUAGAAAAAUUAGCCUAAUAUGGAAAAUAAUGGAAUAUGAUUUGCUGAGGUGAUAAUUGAAAUGAAGUCAAAAUAUUUAUUUUAAAGUUAAUAAAACUAUAUUUUAAGAUAUUCAUUUGUAUUACAAAGAAUAUAAAUUACUUACUUUGUUUAGAA